GCUGAAACGCGGUUAAAUUUGGGCACCGCCGCUGCCCGUAGUCGGCGUCCUCAACAUGGCGGCUCCCCAGGAUGUCCACGUCCGUAUCUGUAACCAAGAGAUUGUCAAAUUUGACCUGGAGGUGAAGGCGCUUAUCCAGGAUAUUCGGGAUUGUUCAGGACCAUUAAGUGCACUUACUGAACUGAAUACUAAAGUGAAAGAGAAGUUUCAGCAACUGCGGCACAGAAUACAGGAGCUUGAGCAGUCAGCUAAAGAGCAAGACAAAGAGUCAGAGAAGCAAGUUCUGCUCCAGGAAGUGGAGAAUCACAAGAAGCAGAUGCUCAGCAAUCAGACCUCAUGGAGGAAGGCUAAUCUCACUUGCAAAAUUGCUAUCGACAAUCUAGAGAAAGCAGAACUUCUCCAGGGAGGAGACCUCUUAAGGCAAAGGAAAACCACCAAAGAGAGCCUGGCCCAGACGUCCAGUUCCAUUACGGAGAGCCUCAUGGGGAUCAGCAGGAUGAUGUCCCAGCAGGUUCAGCAGAGCGAGGAAGCCAUGCAGACGCUAGCCAAUUCUUCCCGGACUAUCCUGGAUGCAAAUGAAGAGUUUAAGUCCAUGUCAGGGACCAUCCAGUUGGGACGGAAGCUUAUCACAAAAUAUAAUCGCCGAGAGCUGACGGACAAACUUCUCAUUUUCCUUGCCCUGGCCCUUUUCCUCGCUACGGUCCUCUAUAUUAUAAAAAAGAGGCUCUUUCCAUUUUUGUAAGAUAGGGAAUUACCAGCUUUUGCCCUUUAAAGUCCGGUGUCAAGAUCUAGCCAUGCUACCAAGCUCUGGUAAACCAGUCCAUGCCUCCACAGUCUGCUCCAGUUGUUCUACGGGUUGGAUGGAGGCACAGAGUUCCCCAGGUUCCUGCAGGUGGCUGGCUUGCAAAGGGCGAGCAGACCAAGGUGUCAUUGAGACACCUACAGGGACACAGGGACUCCACGAGCCGUCGCAACAGUGCUUAUGGCUGUCACAUGGGGCAUUCAGAGGCCAGCCUUCAGGCUUUGAUCCUCCUUUCUCUCCUUCUCCUGCUGUGGCCUUAGUGCCAGAUCUGAUAGAAGGAAGAGACAAGUUGGGGGGGAGGAGGAUAAGGAAAACUCACGUCCAUUUCUUGAAUAAACUUGACUAUAUUUAAUAGAA